CGCCAAAUCCCGAGGCACAAGGGGAAGGGAAUAUUUUGCUCUCCGCAUUUCCGGUUUCCAGGAAAUCACUUCCAUCUCAGGAUCUCAGCGCCUCCCAUCGUCCCCAUCCUUCUCCUCCUCUUCCUCCUCCUCCUCCUCCUCCUCUUCCUCUCGAGGUCGCUUCUUCUUUAAGGCUCCCUAGCUUUCUAUUAAUGGAAUCCCUUCGUUUCGAUGAAAAAACGCAUCAAAUUUUCAGUGCAACAUUUACAAUUUAUUACAGACAGAUUAUCCUAAGAUAGUAGAGACCCAUUUACAUUUCCAUUUCCAUUUCCAAUUCCAAUCCAAAUUCCCAAGUCGUUCAAACUUCAAACCCAGAAUCCCAAGAAGAAAAAUGAUUCAUCUCUCAUCAAAUCAAAUUAAAUAGGAUCAAUGUAGACUCUGAUUGAUAGAGCUACAGAGAGAAAGAGAGGGAAGCAAGCAGAGUAGCAGACCCAAUUGGCCAGCAAUCCCCUGCGUCCACACUACAGACACUCUUAUCUCCAUUAUCAGACCUUCCUCUGCUCUUGUCUCUUCUUCUGUGUUUACCCUCUAUUGUGAUCAAUCUUACAAGUUACAUCGUCGUAUAAGAAACCAAAAAGCAACAAAAGGGCAGACAACGACAGCAUUAUAUCUCAGAGGACACCUUUAAAGCAAGAGACACAGAAACAGAAGAGGCAGAUAGAGAGAUUGAGAUGAACGCUCACAAUCGGAUUUCGAGCAGUGGGCACAGCACUCCGUCACCGCCAACGUCGCCACUGCGAUCGCCGAGGUACCGGCACGGCAAGGGAAAGUUAGGGAGGUUACCCUCGGUGCAGCAGCCAAGGACACUCGCGCAGAAACUUGCGUGGAUCAUACUCUCCGUUUUCUUUCGUCGACAGGGUGUUUUCCUCGUCGCCCCUCUCAUGUACAUCUCAGGGAUGCUGCUCUACAUGGGCACAGUCUCCUUCGAUGUGGUUCCACAUAUCCAGCCUCGCCCUCCUCCUGGUUCUGUCUACCGCAGCCCCCAGCUAUACGAGAAGCUUCGUCCUGAGAUGGAUUCUGAUAAAUCUUCCUCUUCCGCCAAUGGGUUAGCGACAGUGUGGAAACACUCUCAUAAAGGUGGUGAGUGGAGGCCUUGUAUAGACAAGAGCAUGGCGGGUUUACCUGAUUCAAACGGUUACAUAUAUGUGGAGGCAAAUGGUGGCUUGAAUCAGCAAAGGACAUCGAUAUGCAAUGCAGUUGCUGUGGCAGGUUAUUUGAAUGCAACACUUGUAAUCCCAUACUUCCAUUUCCAUAGCAUCUGGAGGGAUCCAAGCAAAUUCAAUGACAUCUAUGAUGAGGAUCACUUCAUUAGUACCUUGAAAAAUGUUGUACGGGUGGUUGAUAAGAUACCAGAAUACAUAAUGGAACGAUUUGACCACAACUUGAGUAAUGUUUAUAACUUCAAAGUGAAGGCUUGGUCACCCAUUCGAUACUAUAGGGAUGCAGUUCUUCCAAAGCUACUUGACGAACAGGUCAUCAGGAUUUCUCCUUUUGCAAAUCGAUUGUCCUUUGAUGUUCCUCCAGCAGUACAACGUUUUAGAUGCUUGGCAAAUUAUGAAGCUUUACAGUUUUCAAAUCCUAUAGCAACUUUGGCAAACAGUUUGGUUGCAAAAAUGAAAGAACGCAGUGCAAACAAUAAUGGAAAAUAUGUUGCUGUUCAUCUACGCUUUGAGGAGGAUAUGGUUGCUUUCUCUUGCUGUGUAUUUGAUGGUGGAGACGAAGAGAAAAAGGACAUGAAUGCCGCUAGAGAAAGAGGUUGGAGGGGAAAGUUUACUAAACGUGGUCGUGUUAUAAGGCCUGGAGCAAUCAGGAUCAGCGGGAAAUGUCCCCUUACUCCCUUGGAGGUUGGAUUGAUGCUCAGGGGCAUGGGUUUCGAUAAUAGCACAUCUAUUUAUUUGGCAUCUGGAAAGAUAUACAAUUCUGAAAAAAACAUGGCCCCUCUUCUGGAGAUGUUUCCACUCUUGCAGACUAAAGACACACUAGCUUCAGUUGAGGAACUUGCUCCAUUUAAGAAUUACUCUUCCAGGAUGGCUGCUAUAGACUACACUGUCUGUCUCCACAGUGAGGCAUUUGUGACAACUCAAGGUGGAAAUUUCCCACAUUUUCUAAUGGGCCACCGGAGAUAUUUGUAUGGUGGACACUCCAAGACAAUCAAGCCUGAUAAGAAGAAGCUAACAUUAAUAUUAGAUAACCCAAACAUCGGGUGGAAGUCCUUCAAACGUCAAGUGCUGAGCAUGCGCUCACACAGUGAUGCAAAGGGAAUUCAGCUCAAAAGACCGAAUGACUCCCUAUAUUCCUUUCCGUGUCCAGAUUGCAUGUGUCGCGUAAACAAGCCAGAACGUCACAGAUCCUUAUCAGCUCCUUGAUUUAUUUGGAACGGUAUUCUGAUGGAUUGUUUUUGUUCCUACAAAUUGGUGUGUGCUUCUCGUCGUUGACCCUCAUUCUUUCCGUUGCGUUGCUUUAAUUUUUCCCAUCGGAGAGAGGUAGCACAAAAAUUUUUGACCUUCACAGAUUUUCGCAGUGAGCACAUUGCUCUGAUUCUUUCCAUGGCAGUGAAUAAGGAGAGUUAUAACGACCCUUCUGUACAUCUGCCGAAAGAGGUGAAACAGAUCCAAAUUUUCAAUGCUGGCAGUUACCCGGGCACCAACAACUGUUUUGGUCCAUUUUUUUCAGCUGCAGCUGCUGCAUCUAACAAAGCCUUGACCUGACAAAUUGAAUUCAUUUGCAUGAUCAGUUUUUGCAUUGCUUGUAUGUUAUUUGAUCUCAUCAAUGUGUGGAAGGAUUGAAAAAAGAUGAACAGACACUGUAUACAUUGUCAUUUAUCAAAUCAGUAGACUGAUUUUUAUUCUC